AGCCAGCAGACUGAGUCAUUCAUUCCCCAACAGAGCAGGAGAACAGAGAGGGAGACAGGACACAGAGGGACUGGGAGACUGGUGCAGAAAGACACUGGGCAGAUAGAAAGGGAGAUAGGGGAUCAGGGCAGAAAGAGAGAUAAGGGACUGGGGAACAAGAAAUACUGAGGGAGAAGCAGGUAAAGUGAUUGAGAAAGAAAGAGAGAAAGAAAGAAAGAAAGAAAGAAAGAGAGAGAGAGAGAGAGAGAGAUAGAUAGAUAGAUAGAGAGAGAGAGAGAGGGAAGGAAGGAAGGAAAGAAGGAAGGAGAAAGUCUGAAGAGAAGGUAAUAAAGACAGUAAGUAGUUUAUGUGACUCAUUCAUUCCUUCAUAGGAUACAGGAUACAGACAGUCUAAGUGCACUGUGCCAGGAUUCAAGAGAGUGACUCAAUCAUUCCUAAGGAAGAGAGGGAGCGAGAAUUAGACAGAGAGAGAGAGCAGAGCUGGCAAGGGGUCUGGCUACCUAACCCAACACGUGGCAAGAGAGGUACAGAGCUUGCUGAAUGUCUGAUAGUGCCACAGAUCAGAUAGUGCCACAGGUCAGAUAGUGCCACAGAUCAGAUAGUGCCACAGGUAAGAUAGUGCUACAGGUCUGAGAGUGCCACAGGUCAGAUAGUGCUACAGGUCUGAGAGUGUCACAGAUCAGAUUGUGAUCCAGGUCUGACAGUGCCACAGGUCAGAUAGUGCCACAGAUCAGAUAGUGCCACAGGUAAGAUAGUGCUACAGGUCUGAGAGUGCCACAGGUCAGAUAGUGCUAUAGGUCUGAGAGAGCCACAGAGCGGAAUCCCCCAGGAGGAGACAUCUGAAGAUGCUUAGAGAGGUGCUUCAGACAUUGCUACUGGUGCUAUUGUCAGAGAUGAGCAGAGGAGCAUCUGAGACAGGAUCACUCUGCUCCUCUGGUCACUCCUGGAGUGAAGACCUCGGGAAGUGCAUGGACUGCGCUGUCUGUGGGAAGUCUAUCAAGAGUGACUUCUGCCAGCAAUGUGAGCUGUUGCCUACACAACCCGACAUCCCAUGGCUGUUGGUUGGUUGUUUCUCAGGUCUCGGGGUCCUUCUGAUCAGCGUCAUUAUUGGUGGUGUUGUGUACAUUACUCGCUGCCGCAGGAAAAACAAGUUCACCAAACCUAUAGAAGAGACGGGAGCUCACUCUGCAGAGGCGCUGCUAAUACACUGAAGGUUUUUUUACUUCGUGAGAUCCUCAAGCCUCCGGAAGAUGGAGAUAGCUGCUACAUUUGAACCAUGUAUAUAUAUAGAUAUAUGAAUAGAAGGUGUAUAUAUUUAUAUAUAUAUUUGUGUGUAUCUACGCCGGCCGUACGAUAUCUCACAAAUCUCUACUGAGCAGCACAAUUUGCUGUGCCAAGGUUCCCUCAGUGCAAUGUAGAGCAAGGCAGUGAGGGUCCCCUGGCAUAAAGAGGGUUAAAACCAAAUUCCUUUUUCUACCCAAUUUGUGCCUUGCAACCAAGGUUAACAGACCCAUUCCUCAGUCAUCACACAAGUCAAUGACAGUUUCCUUAUCAGGCAUACACAAUCAGUGUUACACUAUUAGAUUGUAAGCUCUGCAGAACAAAGAUUGUGACACAAAUAUUCUACAUCACCGUGUGCCUUUCUCUUAUGUCCUCAUGUGAAAUAAAUUAAGAUUAUUUUUUUGCA